AUGUCCUUGGCUCCUGUUGGCCUCCCAAACAUGCUGCCGGCAGAUGUGCUGGCAGAGCUCAAGGAGACUGCUACGAAGCUGUGCGCGCCAGGCAAAGGCUUCCUAGCAGCUGAUGAAAGCGCUGGACCGUGGCUUCGCGCGGGCCAUGCAGAGGCAGCGAAGAUUCCGGAUGUCAUCGAGAACAGGGCUGCCUACCGGGCGAUGUGCUUCUCCACACCUGGCCUAAGUGAGCACAUCAGCGGGGUCAUUCUCCACUGGGAGACUCUCCUGCAGGACGAUGCAAAGGGCAAGCCGAUGGUGGAAAUCAUCAAGGAGAAUGGCAUGAUUCCAGGCAUCAAAGUGGACAAAGGCUACAACAAGAAGGGCAUGUGGGGAACACCUGUUGGUCCUCUUGGCCAUCCAGAGGUUGCCACCGUUGGCUUAGACGACCUCCAGCAGAAGUGCGCGCAGGCGUACGCGAAGGGCGCCCGCUUUGCCAAGUGGCGCAACGUCCUGCAACUGGAUCCCUCCAAGGGAAUGCCCACUGAUCUUUCCAUUGCAGAUACCGUGCACACCUUGGCACGCUAUGCCUCCAUCUGCCAGAGCGAGCGCUUGGUGCCCAUCGUGGAGCCUGAGAUCGUUCCUAAUGGUAGUCAUGACAUCAACUACUGCGCGGAGAUGACAAAUAAAGUCUUGGCAGCACAGUUCAAGGCUCUGGCCGAUCACCACAUCUUCUUGGAGGGCGCCGUGCUGAAGCCAAACAUGGUCAAGAAUGGCCUGGGGGGUCCGAAGGCGAGCGCUGAGACCAUUGCAACCCUGACGUGCCAGACCUUGCUGCGCACAGUUCCGCCUUCCAUGCCGGGCAUCUUCUUCCUGUCGGGCGAGACGGCCUUGAAUGAAGAUAACGAGGAAGAGGCAACCAUCAAUCUGAGCACCAUGAACCGCCUCUUUGCGGGAAAGCUGCCUUGGCAUCUGUCCUUCUCCUACGGCAAAGCCUUGCAGAAGACCUGCAUCGUCACUUGGUUGGGAAAGACCGAGAACGAGGCGGCCGCCCAGAAGGCCCUUAAGGCACGCGCUAAUGCAAACUCGGACGCGGUCUUCGGCAAGUACAAGCCGGGCAGCUGCGCCAGUGUUGGCACCGACGGCAAUGUGAUGCAAGCGGCCGGUCCUUACUGA